AUGAGAGAAGGAAAUGACUCCACUGUGAAAGAAUUCAUCCUUCUAGGUUUCUCUGGAUCUCAUGAACUACAAAUCUUCCUUUUCAUCCUCUUUUUCUUUAUGUACAUCCUGACAAUCACUGGAAAUGUGGCCAUCAUAGCUUUAGUGCGAGCCAGACGACAACUCCACACACCCAUGUACUUCUUCCUCUGCAAUCUUUCCUUCCUGGAGAUAUGGUACACAUCAGCCUGUAUUCCCAAGACUUUAGCAAUCCUUGUGUCCAAGAGCCACCAAACCAUCACCUUCACAGGGUGCAUCACACAGAUGUACAUUGUUUUCUCCUUGGGAUGUACAGAAUACUUCCUGCUUGCUGUCAUGGCUUAUGACCGCUAUUUGGCCAUAUGUCACCCAUUGCACUACCACACCAUCAUGUCCAAAAUGUUGUCUGUCCAAAUGGCAUUGGGAUCUUGGAUAUGUGGCUUUGCAGCGAUUUCGGUACCAGCCUUCCUUAUUACCCAAUUGUCUUUCUGUGACUCCAAUGUUAUCAACCACUUCUUUUGUGACAUUUUGCCUUGGAUAGUCCUUUCUUGUACUGACACGUACACAUUAGAAAUGGCAUGGUUCAUACUUGCUGGUAUUGUCAUCAUGGGCUCAUGUGUGAUAACUUUAAUAUCCUACGUUUAUAUCAUCACCACAAUAUUAAAGAUUGCAUCUGCUGAAGGCCGUCAACGAGCCUUUUCCACCUGUUCCUCCCAUCUCACAGUGGUGAUAAUAUGGUAUGGUUCCACCAUUUUCCUACAUAUCACACCUGCCAAGCAUCAGUCACUAGAAUUGACCAAAACUGUCACUCUCCUGAAUACUAUUGUAACCCCUUUGUUAAAUCCUUUCAUUUACACACUCAGAAAUACUGAGGUGCAAGAAGCUUUCAGGGCCACAUUCAGAUUCACAACUAUGUUACAAAUUAGCAGAAAAGACAGAGGUUGA